GCGAGCUCAGUUCCCCGGAAUAGAAACCUCCAAAUUCCCCAUACUGGAGCUCAUCUGUGUUUCUUGUUCCUGCAUUUUGAUCCAUCAUCUUCCCUCCCUCACUGUGUCCAAACCCUUUUUCAGUUUUCGAACGUCAUCGCCUAGUAACUUUUCAGCAUAACCCUGUCUCUCACUUCACAUCACCCUCAAAGAAGCAGCCAUGGCCAGCCCCCUCCAACUAAAGCUCCAAGCUCUCUCUGAUGAGUAUCAAAACCUGAACAAAGAACUCCAAGAGACUGUUCUCGCCAGACAGAAGCUCGAGGCUCAGAAGCAGGAAAACGUCAGCGUGCAAAAUGAGUUCGAGAAGCUCAAGGAUGACGAGCAGAUCUUCAAGCUAGUGGGCCCGGUGCUGCUCAAGCAGGACAAGAUGGAUGCAGAGAACACAGUCAAGGGUAGACUGGAGUUCAUCAGCAAGGAGAUCACUCGCUUGGAGGGAGUCAUCAAGGAGACACAGGGCAAGAUUGAGAAGAAGAGGACAGAGAUCAUUCAGGUCCAGACGAGCGCCCAGGCUGGUGGUGCCCCUCAGGCCGUCAAGGCUUAGACCUAAUGAAAUCAGUUACGGAAAGAAUGUCCACUAUACCCAAUCGAGAUCAGGCGCAGGUACGAUUCAUCACACAGCGCUCCGGGGAAACUGUCUCGUGAAUGCAGUCAUAGGUCGAUUUCUUUACCAAACGGUAAUUAUUACGUGAUGUAUUCAUUGAAGAUUCCCCCAAGAUACCCCUUGACGCCUUGCUCUAAAAUCGCUGAAUGGGGAUAACCAAAACACAACUUACACCCCCCUUCUCCCUGACCCUUACUCAUCCACCCACCGACAGACCGCAGCUUCUCAUCCUGUCUAGUAUAACCUCAGUUCAGCGCCAUAAUUGUGAACCCCCACGGCAGCCCCAUAUUCUUGCAACUUCGGCCACUAACCCAUGCCACACUAUCACUCGACAAAUCCUCGCCCGCCGCAUUCAGCGAGAGCAGACUACUCCCGCCCUGCUGGGACGCCCGAUCCGGAUCCUCCACCAUUGCCACCACAAAGCUGACCAGCUCGUCUUUGGUAUAACAAUGGCUCAGCAAGGACGUCGC